AGUAAUACAAAACUAAAUUACACUAAAAUAAGUGCAAAUGUGAUGGUAGCUAUGAAAACUGAUAUGGGUAUCCCAUGGGAAAAACUUAAAGUAAUGUCUAGAUGGCUCAAAAAAUAUGAUAUAACCACUGCAUCUAAUGCUUCACAAAGAGUUGUAGCUGAAAAUUGGUCGGGAAACGACAUUAUUGUUGAAAAUGCUCCUUUCACAUUUAAAAAGGAACAAAAAGGAAAGAUUGAAAUUAAUGAAGUACCUUGGGGUUAUAUUGUAGAUUUACCAAAGCAUAUUUUUACUCAUCUUGAACAAUUAGAAAGCUGUAACAGUCUUGUGUAUCAUAAGUUUAUGCCACAAAAAGAAAUUCAAAUUAAAAUUGGAGGAGAUUAUGGUGGAGGAAGUUUUAAGAUGUGUUAUCAGGUUGUUAAUACCUUAAAUCCAAAUAGUACAGAAAAUACAAUUGUUUUUAAUAUAUUUGAAUCAAAAGACCUCAGAGUUAAUAUUAAAGUAGGCAUGACAAGAUUUCAAAAACAAAUAGAAGACUUACAAACAAUGAAGUAUAGGGGCAAUAAUAUUAGAGUUUUUAUCUUUGGUGAAUAUGAAUUUCUUUGUGCAUUGUAUGGAAUUUCAUGA